ACAGUUUACCACUGUGCAAGCUUGCAGUGUCGGUCCUUCUUGCUCCCUGAUGACUGAGCUCAAUCCAUCCAUACUUCUCAUCAGUCUAUUUAAGUAUCUCCUUCUUCUUUUGUUUUAUUCUUGAUGUAGGUUUUUUUUUUUUUGUGAUGGAGUCUGAGGCUGAACUGUGAAAUUGGAUCUGUUCGUCGGUGUCUACCAAUUCCGAUUACUCUGUCAGUCUACCAAAAACAAACAGUUUUUUUGAACAGAAUCAUCUCCAACCUCGUCGUCAUCUUCGUGUUAGUCUCCAGGAUCCCAGAAUAAACCAGAUGGCCAACGGACCUUGCCAGACGCUCGAUCGAGGCCAUGAAAUUUCUUACGAUAAUAAUGACUGCUCGGCCAUCGAGGAUGGGAAACAACAGCAUGAUCUGGAGAUCGGUCCAUCCAACAAGACUGUCCAAAAUAAUCCAAGGGCCGCACCCAGUCUGCCCGACGAGCUCAUCCAAGCCAUCCUCUUCGCCAUCACGUGCUCAUUCCCAGUCCGACUGGCGACGAUCACUCUGGCAAACUGCUCAUUGAUCUCUCGACGAUGGUACCGUCUUGCCAGCCCGAUGCUAUACACCAGUCCGAUGAUCAACAUGGGAUCCAGGUUACGCGCGCUUACCUUCCUGGAUCGACUGGUAGACGAACUACUGGAGUACGAGCUCGAGCUGAUGGACUCUGUCAAACGAAAACGCCGGUCGAGCUCACUGAUCGACCAGAUGAGAAGGCUGAUGUUCUUUGGCGAGGGACGAUGGCGGCACCGGGCCUCAUUCGAUAGCCGGCCCGAUGUCGUCGACCGCUCUACCCUGCACGAGAUCCUCAAUCGGCUCUGGUGUACCCGGAUCGAAGCCCUAGUCUUUGUCGAGCUGCCGUUCACCAAUCCACUCCAUCGACCGCUAGUCAACCGUUACCCAGCCAGUCUAUCGACACUCAUCCUACUCACCCCACUCUCACACUUCGAGUUACUCUUCAUCCUGAGGGAUCUGCCCAGUCUGCGCCAUCUCUGCAUCGGAUCCCACGACGAUACUUCCACCGUUCCCGCCGAACACCAUACGCUCUUCAGUCGGGAACAGCUGCCCUCCUCUAACCUCCUCUCCUUUGGGAUCUCCGCUCGGACACUGGAAGCCUGGCUGAGGACGGGAAUGCCCUGGUACCAGAGCAUCCUCAACCUGCUCGUCGUCCCUUCAGUCCGCUCGAUCACCACCUUACAUCUCGAGCUAGCCGACGAGGAUGACGAGCGCCAUCUCCUAGCGAUCCUCGGUCGGCCGCCAUCGACUAUAAGCUCCUCCCGCGUGGAGCCCCUCUCGAGCGCCUCAUCGGGCGAUAGGCCGGUACCCGAGCAACUCUUCAAGCUCGAGACCGUCUUCCUCCGCGGCCUCUCCUCAGUUCUGAUGGCCGAGAGUCUCUCGCGUCUGCAGGGCAUCCGGAAGCUAUGUCUCAGUUCGAUCUAUGGCACCGCCCUACGCUGUCCAAGUCCUCUGAGCGCGGAACAUACCGACCGUUCCUCGCCCCCGCUCGGUCCUCUUCACUCACUCGGUGGGGUUGAGAGUCAAAUGGAGGGACUAACGAUCCCUGAGGGACGGCCGAGCCGUCGGAGUUUAUCAUCCAAGAACCUAGUCUGGCAAGCCAUCCCGAGCAGUUUGGAAGAGCUCUCGAUCGAUAUCACUCGGUUGACUGAUCAUGGACCAUGGAAUCGACGCUCGGCUGACCAGCUCACUCGGACUCUCGCCUCUCUCAUCUCCUCCCAACAAUGUCCUCAUCUUAGAUCCCUGGGCUCGAUCCUCGCCGAUCCCGCCUUCGAGUUCGGUAUCUUCGGCCCCCAUCGCUCUUCUCCUCCUCUCUCUGAUCUCUUGUCUGCUGCUAAAAAUCAUCACGUCCUCCUCGUUCAAUCUUUUUGGUGUGAUUCGUUCGUUGUUAAUCCUUCGGGUACAGAUUGGUACCAAUGAAAUAGCAAGACUAUUUUCACCUCUCUUCGUUUCUCUCCUGUUCGUGUAUGUGCGUGUUUUCAUUCGCGAUUCUGUGUGCUUGGUAUUUGUGAUUUCUUUCUUCCAUACUUUUCUUUUCCCUUUUUAUUGGUCUUUGUGUGUUUCUAAUCAUCUUGGAUCCCUUGCUCGUUUGAGAUGCAAUUCUUAAGGAUUCCUUCAAUAUAUCUAUCAAUAGACAUCUGUACUUUCAAUCAAGCACUGUUUUUUUCUGUUCUCUUUUCUCUCUCCUAUUUUGUAAACAUGCUAUACAAUAAUUUCAUAGAAACCUCAAAUUCAUUAAUUUUGAAAAAAGAGCCAUGUUGUAUACAUACACCUAUCAUUUUUUUUUUCUUUCUUCCCCAUUUGUGGGUUGUGUUUUUGUCAACACUCUGCCCGUAUCUCUAGGUCUCUUUGUAGUCUCCUCUUCCUAAUAAAUUUUUGGCUCUUGGGUUUACAA